UUAUUAAACAAUCCGUGUCCUGUUUAAAAUUUUCAUACUAUCGGAAUCGGAAUAAUAACUAUGGUUCUUUUCUACCCAUAAAAUCCAUAACGUCUCUCUCUGAUAAAUAUUUUCUUUCUAUAUAUUACAAACUCAUCGUUUCUCUAACGUCUCUCUUUAUAAAAUCUCCAUUUCUAUAUUUUCUUUAGCUCCAUCUUUACUAUUCCUCUGACACCAACUUCUCUCUCUUUCAUAUACAAAAUCAAAAAGUUUAUGCUUCAAUGGCAACAGCAUCAUCAUAUAGAACGCCAUUAUUAUCCGAAUCAAGCAGCAUAAUAAGCACAAGCAGCAGCAGUGAAUCAGAAGAAAGCCCAGCAACUUCACAAAGAUACAAUGAUUUCCAAUUACUAAAUCUCCAAAUCAAGAUUUCAAGAAUACCAAACAUUCCUUGUACAAAUUUCCACUCUUACAAAUCCUUAGCUGUUCUUUCAGGCCACGUCGGCACAGUUUCUUGUUUAGCUCUAUGUGGUGAAUUCAUCCUCAGUGCUUCUCAAGGUAAAGACAUAAUUGUUUGGCAACAGCCUGAUUUAAGACAAUUUACUAAAUUUGGAACAGGGGAUGGUUUUGUUAAAGCACUUGUUACUGUUGGUAAUAAAGUUUUUACAGCACAUCAAGAUAGUAGAAUUCGUGUGUGGAAAGUUUCAAGAAGAUCUGAGAAUGUUUUUAGGCUUAUUGAUACACUUCCUACUACAAAAGAUUAUCUUGGGAAAUUUAUGAAACAGAGUAAUUAUGUUCAAACUAGGAGACAUCACAAGAAAUUAUGGAUUGAACAUGCUGAUAGUAUUUCUUGUUUAACAGUUUGUAAUGGGUAUAUUUAUUCUGGUUCUUGGGAUAAGAGUUUAAAAGUGUGGAGAAUUUCUGAUUUGAAGUGUUUGGAAUCAAUUAAAGCACAUGAUGAUGCUAUAAAUGGAUUGGUAUGUAGUAGUAAAAAUGGGGUUGUGUUUUCAGCUUCAGCAGAUGGAAAGAUUAAAGCUUGGGGUAAAGAAGAGAAAAGUUGUGGGGGUACACAUUCACUAAAGGGAAUCUUGGAGGGUCAUAAAGAUGUUUCUUUAAACUCUGUGGUGGUUUCUGAAGAUGGGAAUUUUGUAUAUGGAGGGGGGUCAGAUGGGUAUGUGAUGGGGUGGGUGGGUAACAAGAAUCUUGAUAGUUGGAAAUUAGUAUGUGAAGAGAAAGCACAUGGAAUGGCAGUAUUGUGUAUGUGUUUGAUAAAGGGGGAAUUUUUGUGUAGUGGAUCAGCUGAUAAGAGUAUUUGUAUUUGGAAAAGGGAAAUAAAUGGAGGGUUAUUUAGAGUUGGAGUUAUAAAAGGACAUGAAGGUCCAGUUAAGUGUUUACAAGCUUCACCAGUUAGUGUUGGAGGUGGAUUUAUGUUGUAUAGUGGAAGUCUUGAUAAAAGCCUUAGAGUUUGGUGGAUUCCAGCUUUUUAAUUGAGUUGUUGCACAUCUUUUUAUAACAUACUUUAUGCUUUGGAUUCUUAAAUUUUUUUCUAUUCUUCUUGAAUGUAAUUAGGUCAAAAAUUCUCCCAUUAGAAUAUUUUAAUAGAUCAUAUGUUUGUCAA